AUGGUCACGUUUUUCGAUGAUUUACCUGAUCUAACAUUGCUCGAAAUAUUGUCUUAUCUAUCUUGUGCAGAUGCUUUAUGGACAUUCAGUACACUUAAUAACCGUCUAACAAUAUUAUUACUUGAACGAGGUGUCAAUCGUCAUGUUAAUUUGUCAUCUACUCAAUAUUAUCAAUUCCAAAAACUUUUACCUUUACUUCGAUUAAAUGAAAUAGAUUCACUUAUUAUUGACUGUUAUGCAUCAGCUCUUCAACUGAGAAAAUGGCUCUAUUUACCUCAUUUAAAAAAAUUACAAAUAAAAGGUGUGUGCAAUUACUUCGACAUUUGUCAUUUUGUAAUGCAGCAUGCCAAUACAUUGACUCAUCUUACAAUUGAAUCGAGCCAGUAUCAUAUUAGAGUAAGUGCAUUUAGAAGUUAUUUUAAAAGUAAACAAAAACAAUCUAUAAGACGAUCUAUGACAUAUAUAAAAUUCAGAAAUAUAAAUCUUUGUAUAUAAUGAGACAGCUGAUUGAUUUUUAGUAUAUGAAACAAACGAUACUAGAAACAAACUUUACGACGACAUAUGUGAAUAAAAUUCUUUCGAACGAAAGAAUUAUUUGAAGUUGUUGCUAUCAAACUUGAUUUUCGAUGGAAAAUCAAGUUCAAUAUAUUGAAGGACAGAGCUGUAUUCUUCGUAGUUAUGAUCAACUUAAAUAUGCGUAACUGCGUAUCAACAAAUAUGUAACUAAUCCUGAGCCUAUGGGUGCAAUAUUAAUUUUCCUGUACAGUUUAGAUGCUUCUCUACUUGUAAGUUUUGGAAGAACUAAUGUCAAAUUAACGAAAAUAAUCUUACAACAACUUUACUUUUGUUCUUAUGUCAAAUAAUCUACAAAGACUGAGUCUCAUACGUUGGUUUUUUGAGGACGAAUUUGUAUUGUCGAAAAUUUGUAUAAGACAUGGAAAAGGUUGAAUUAGGAUGUUGUAUACAUACUGAGUAUCUUUUGUUUCAUGUAGGCUGGUUUGACGAAUCAAGAUUAUUCUGUCAUAUGGAGUUUGGAAACUUUUGAAGAUUUCUUGAAGAAAAUUCUUCGACGUUUACCUGCUCUUUGCUUGCUCAAUUUCGGAACGGAAUCCACUUUUUUUCUAUCCGCUUGGGAUCUCAAAAUUAUACGAACACCUUUGACAUAUCUUCGUAUUACGUGUUCAUCAAUAGUCACUAUAAUUCGUCUCAUGUUAACGCAACCAUUACGGCAUACAUUGCAGCAAUUCCAUGUAAAAUUAAACGACAGAUUGAGCGAUACACAUAUUAAUAUAUCUCAUACAAAACUUUUACCUCGAAUGGAGGUAUUACACACAUUUACUUUUGUCAAGUCAUUCAAAUGGCAUUUCAUGGAAGAAUGGACAUUUCUAGAUACGUUGACUUCGUCAAGAGUUAUGCCUAUUUUACGACGAAUGACUUUUUCUAUUGUUAUUAAUGCUGUUGAUCUGAAUCACAUGAAUCAUUCAACCCUCUUCACUGACUAUCGUCAUGUUGAUGUUCAUUAUGCAUUUAUUUU